AUGGUGCGAUGUCCCAUCCCGGUGCAGACCGCCUGUUCGGGCGUCGAGCUGCACUCUAAGAACUUGGGCGAGAAGAUCGUGCCAGCCAUCACAGUUUCCCUCAGCAUUGACAUCCCGGUGGAAGAACUCAUUGAAGCCUUGACAAGCUUCCAGCAAGGCCACCCGCCCCAGCCGAACGAGCUCCCCAGCACCUUCAUGGAGAAGCCCCGCAAGGCAUUGUCCUCGCAGGAAAAGCCCCGCAAGGAGAUGCACAUGCAGGUGGGACCGCCGCCUGGGCUCACAGCGCAAUGGGAGACCUUGGCCCCGAACAUGCGCAUUUUCAACCGCGUGAAGGUCUCGAACUUAGUGAAGCGCUUGAAAUCCCAAGACGUGCAGUCCAUCUUUGAACGCCACGUGGGCCCCGUGGCGCAUUGCAGCCUCGUGGAGGAUUCUGCAUCCAUCACCUUCCUGAACUCGGAGCACGCCAGCACGGCCGUUGAAAAGUAUGAUGGCGGAGUUCUGGAGGUGAGUACCGACAAGUCCCUUUCGGGCUCAGAUGCCAUUUUGCUGUUCCCGAAGGAUGGGAGCUUCCGUCGCACAGUUGAGGAUCGCCUGGGGCCCUUGACCCAGUGUCACUUACGGCGCGGGGAGGGGUGGAUGACGCUCUUCCGUGGGGCCAUCACCAAGCAACUGAAGCGCGAAGAGGCCUUGAACCAGAUUGACUUCAAAGGCACUGUCAUCACCGUGGCCUUGGACACCUCAGGAAGUGGCGAGGAGCGGAGGCCAAAGCCUGUGAUGGCGAAGCGCCACUUGGCGGGGAUGAGGCCCGGCUCCAGCGCCGGGGUGAAAUUUGACGAGGACGACUCCCCGGGCGGCCUGGGACAGCUGGCGCCAGUGCGCCCCAACACCUCUCAGUCCCCGCGGACAAAGAGCGCCACUAGCAACGCCUGGCAUGACGUGAUGGAGAUGUGCCGGAAAGCCUUCACCAGCAAGAUGCACAGUGUGGGCAAUGAGAUCCUCCAGGAUGUGAGAGGAGAGGUCCAACGCGCAGUUGGCACUUUGCGGGAGGAGAUUGGCACAAUGCUGGAGGCACGGGAACACACGGCCAACCAGCAACUGGAGUCCCUGCUUGACCAAAUCAAGCACCUCCGGCAGACGACGGAAGAGAGCGUCAUGAACAUCCAGCUGGACCUCAGUCCUGUCCUGCAGGAGAUUCAGCGACUAGACGGCCAGCACAGCGAGGCGCGGCAGAGGCAUGAGCAGCAACUGGAGAAGAUGCUGCAGCACUUGUCGCAGGCUAGCGCUCGCGCGGAGAUGGAUGAGGAGAAGUUGCAGCGGCUGCAGGAGAGACAGGAUCACACGGAAGGUCUUCUUUGCAGCGUUCAAACAGGCCAGGAGAUGCUGGCAGUCUCUCUGGAGAGAGCGGCAGAAGAAGUCCAAAAGAGCAGAGCAAAGUCCCACGAGGACCACGCUGACAUGAUGCUCUUCUCGUCGCAUGCAUCCCAGCGAAUCCACGAGCGCUUGCAGGAGCCUGUCCACGUGGACUUCGGAGAGGUCCUCCGCGAGCUCCGCAAGAACCAGUUGGCGACGACUUCUGACACGCGCACAAUGUUGGGCGAGAUCGGGAAGAUUCAGCAGGCUUUGCACCUGGAUUUCAUACAGAUGGCAGAGUAUGUCCGAGAGGAGUCCCAGAAGCGGCCCAGCGUGGUGGCCGUGGAGGCUGUGGAGGUGGACCCGCCCGAGCUGGAGGUGGAGCCUAUUUCCAAGGAGCUUCAUGUUUCCGGAGCCAAGAGCCUCGGUGUUGUGGACUUUCUGGACAAGGAACCGCCCAAGUUGGACCGCAUUGCGUCCACCCCCGCCCCGCCGGAGAAGGAUGGCACACGCAGUGUGCCGAAUGAAGUGGUGUCCUACAAGCGGGGUCCCAUGCCUUAG